GUCCAAGUAAUCGUGACCGCGCACGCAAGACCGGUUUUUUAAUUGGAGGCGUGUGCGUGCGCGCCCCCGUAGACUCUUUGUGUAGUGGCGUAGAGAGACGCGCAGAGUUUAGCCAUGGCGGACGAAAAACCCAAGGAGGGAGUGAAGACGGAAAACAACGACCACAUCAACCUGAAGGUGGCGGGGCAGGACGGCUCGGUGGUGCAGUUCAAGAUCAAGAGGCACACACCGCUCAGCAAGCUUAUGAAGGCAUACUGCGAGAGACAGGGGCUGACGAUGAGGCAGAUUCGGUUCCGGUUCGACGGGCAGCCGAUCAACGAGACAGACACACCUGCACAGUUGGAAAUGGAGGAUGAAGAUACAAUCGAUGUGUUCCAGCAGCAAACAGGAGGGCUCUACUAAGACGUCAGAUCACCCGCCCCUCGCCCCACCUUCCUCAUCCUCACCCAUCUUCCUCCUCCUCGCCCCCUCAACCCCCCCGGCCCCAUCUUCCUCUUCCUCGUUACCCACUCUUGCUUUACAGAUACUGUUCCAUUUACGCCCUUCCCAUUUUCUCCACAAAAACCGACCCGUGCAAAAUUAGACAUUUCCACAGCUGUCCAUAACUACUGUUGUAUAGUGUUUUAAUUCAUGUUUUUUCCUCUUUAUUUUGUACAUAAGUGAGAAACUCAUUUAGCUAUUCAGAAGAGGCAAUAACUACUGGAAUCAGCUCAAGCCUGAUACUGUGGAGAAGGAUGGACAGCAUCAUGACAAGCAAAAAAAAUAAAACAUUUGAAAAUUGAAAAUAAAAUUAUGAAUUAAAACCCCAAAAAGUCAUUUUACACCUCAUUCACUGCGAGAAUGAGAUUGGCUGGUUAUCCAAACUUAAUUUUCUGUUAUCCGUUUCAGAAAAUUGAUUUUAUAUCUUUUUUUAUAUUGUAGUAGUUAUGUGUAGAAUAUAUAUUGUUUCAAAUGUAGAUCACAUUUAAAAUAAAGAACCCAACCGACAGGGUUUUAGUCCAGAUUUGUGUUGUCUAAUCAAUUUCUUGUUGAAAUAAAAUAUUUCUCCUUUUUUAAUUAAA